ACUGGGAAUCCAUUAUAUGAAACUUAUUACAAACAGGUAGAUCCAGCAUACACAGGGAGAGUUGGAGCAAGCGAAGCUGCGCUUUUUCUUAAAAAAUCUGGUCUCUCUGAUAUUGUCCUUGGAAAAAUAUGGGAUUUGGCUGACCCGGAAGGUAAAGGGUACUUGGAUAAACAGGGUUUCUAUGUCGCAUUGCGCCUUGUAGCAUGUGCACAGAAUGGCCAUGAUGUUAACCUGAGCAAUCUGAGCUUGACUGUGCCACCUCCUAAGUUUCAUGACACUAGCAGUCCCUUACUGAUGACACCCCCUGCAACAGAGACUCACUGGGCUGUUAGGGUGGAAGAAAAAGCAAAGUUUGAUGGUAUUUUUGAAAGCCUUUUGCCAGUAAAUGGUUUACUUUCAGGAGACAAAGUAAAACCAGUACUGAUGAAUUCAAAGCUACCUCUUGAUAUCCUAGGAAGGGUCUGGGAUCUCAGUGAUAUUGACAAAGAUGGUCACCUGGACAAAGAUGAAUUUGCUGUGGCAAUGCAUUUGGUUUAUAGAGCUCUGGAGAAAGAGCCAGUUCCUUCCAUAUUACCCCCUUCUCUCAUACCACCUUCCAAAAGAAAGAAGACCCCUGUAUUUCCUGGUGCAGUUCCUGUUCUCCCUGCAAGUCCUCCACCAAAAGAUAGCCUACGUUCUACCCCCUCUCAUGGUAGUGUGAACAGUCUGAAUAGCACAGGGAGUUUGUCUCCCAAGCACAGCAUCAAACAAGCACAGCCAUCUGUGAACUGGGUAGUACCACUGUCUGACAAAGUGCGAUACGAUGAUAUUUUCUUAAAAACAGACAUGGACAUGGAUGGCUUUGUGAGUGGCCAAGAAGUGAAGGAUAUAUUUAUGCACUCAGGUCUGUCCCAGAACCUCCUAGCACAUAUAUGGGCUUUGGCAGACACAAGGCAGAUGGGAAAGCUAAGCAAAGAUCAGUUUGCACUAGCAAUGUAUCUCAUUCAACAGAAGGUCAGUAAAGGGAUUGAUCCUCCACAAGUGUUGUCCCCAGAUAUGAUCCCUCCCACAGAGAGGAACCAUAAGAUACAGACUCUCUCAGGUUACUUGACCCCUGUAGGAACAGAAAUUUCAGCACUAACAGAAAUGCGUCGUGAUAGCUCAAGUUCUGUUGGAUCAGGAGAAUUCACAGGGGUGAAGGAACUUGAUGAUAUUAGUCAAGAAAUUGCACAGCUGCAGAGAGAAAAAUAUUCCCUAGAGCAGGAUAUUAGAGAAAAGGAAGAAUCAAUCAGGCAGAAGACCAAUGAAGUUCAGGAACUGCAGAACGAUUUAGAUAGGGAGACAAGUAACUUGCAGGAGCUGGAGGCUCAGAAACAAGAUGCCCAGGACCGUCUGGAUGAAAUGGACCAGCAGAAAGCCAAGCUGAAAGAUAUGCUGAGUGACGUGAGGCAGAAGUGCCAGGAAGAAACACAGGUGAUUUCCUCACUAAAAAUGCAGAUUCAAUCUCAGGAAUCAGAUUUAAAAUCACAAGAAGAUGAUCUUAACAGAGCAAAAGCAGAGCUCAAUCGCCUCCAGCAAGAAGAGACUCAGCUAGAGCAGAGCAUCCAGGCUGGAAAAGUGCAGCUUGAAACAAUAAUUAAAUCUUUAAAAUCAACACAGGAAGAAAUAAAUCAGGCAAGAAGUAAACUUUCACAACUUCAAGAGAGCCAGCAAGAGGUCAAUAAGAGUAUAGAACAAUACAAUGAAGCCCUCAAUGGGAUUCACGGUGGUAGCCUGACAAAUUUAGCAGACAUAAAUGAAGGCCUGGCACAGCCGGAAAGAAGCAAUUAUGGAGCUAUGGAUGAUCCAUUUAAGAAUAAAGCCUUGAUGUUUACCAACAACACACAGGAACUCCAUACAGAUCCCUUUCAAUCAGAAGAUCCUUUCAAAUCAGAUCCAUUUAAAGGAGCAGACCCUUUCAAAGGCAGUGACCCCUUCCAGCAUGAUCCUUUUGCAGAACAGCCACCUGCUCCAGCAGAUCCAUUUGGAGGUGAUCCAUUUAAGGAAAGUGAUCCAUUUCGUACUUCUGCCCCUGAGGAUUUCUUCAAAAAACAGGGGAAGAGUGACCCGUUUACCUCAGAUCCAUUCACAAAACCCCCUGCUUUACCCUCUAAGCCUGACCCUUUUGAAAGUAGUGAUCCUUUUACAUCUUCCAGUAUUUCUUCAAAAGGCCCAGAUCCAUUUGGAACACUAGACCCGUUUGGAAGUGGUGCUUUCAGUAGCAGUGAGGAAUUUGCAGACUUCAGUCAGAUGUCAAAGUCAGUAGCAUCAGAUCCCUUCACCUCCUCUUUUGGAGGAAUGGGAUUCUCGGAUGACCCUUUCAAAAGUAAAUCAGACACACCAGCAUUACCACCGAAGAAAAACGUCCCUCCACGGCCUAAGCCACCCAGUGGUAAAAGUACUCCUGUAAGCCACCUUGGGUCUUCAGAUUUUUCCAAGCCCCAUGAUCCAUUCCAGCCAUUUGGGGCUGACAGCAGUGACCCGUUUCAGAGUAAAAAGGGGUUUGGGGACCCAUUUAGUGGAAAAGAUCCAUUUGCUCCCUCCUCUUCAAGUAAAACUUCUAAAGACUCUUCCUUGGGGUUUGCAGACUUCAGCUCUUUUGGAAAUGAAGAGCAGCAGCUGGCGUGGGCAAAGCGUGAGAGUGAAAAAACAGAGCAAGAAAGACUAGCUCGAUUGCGGAGGCAAGAACAAGAAGACCUUGAGUUGGCUAUUGCACUCAGUAAGGCUGAUAUGCCGAGCUCUUAAACAGAGGUCUUUGCCUCUGCCCUGUCCAAGUGAGACCUUUAAACCUGACUUUUAUAAAAAUACUAAAUUCUUGAGUUAUAUUGUGAAAAUAAUUCUAGUCACCUUCAACUCUAAGCAAGACUGGCUGAUUAUAUCAAGCUGGGCUCUGUGUGGCUUUUCAAGUGCAUAAUAUACAGGAAACACUGUAUAAGAUGUAUUAUAUGUUAUAGGUAAAAUUUACUGCUUGUAAGAAAUUUAACGUAUGAUCCUAAGAUACUGGAAGCCAAGUUUCUUUAUUUUGAAGACAACGUUGCGUAUAGUAAACUGCAGCUUAUG